GCAUAAUUGGAGACAUGCCUAGUAACCAGGGUAAUUGAGAUCAGUGAGUGGACAAAACAGGAAGAGCAACAGUCAAGAAUGUCUAUCCAACGUGCUAAAUCCACGGCAAACCCUCGGGUAUCCCUGUCCCUGGAUGAGGUUAUAAAGAUAGAAGAGAGUUACAAGAGGAUAGUAGCAUUUGAGAAAGCUGUUGAGAGUUGGAAAAAUACAGUAGUGCAGUGCGUAUGGCAGGCGACAAUGAACCAGAGGAGGAACCCAUAUGCCAUCCUGAGAAUGCAAGACAUCAUGGAACAGGAGAUGGCAUUGGCCAACAAGCAGCUGCUGGCUGUUCGGCAGGCUGCCUUAAGUCAGCUAUUUGAGAAGGAACAUCAACAGUACCAGCAAGAGCUAAAUCAGAUGGGCAAAUCCUUCUAUGUGGAGAGACUCUGA